AUGGGACGUACACUACCACCAUCACCACCAGCAGAACACACAGACUCGGAGAACGAGUACGAGAGCGACGAGGAGGAGGUCGGGAACACGUGGCUCGUCUUCCUCGGCCUCGCCCUCGCCGCGUACAUCUACUCUCUAGACGGCAUGACGACGUACCAGUACCUGUCAUUUGCAACAUCCGCCGUCCACCACCACUCGUCGGCCGGCACGAUCGGGACGGUUCAAGCCAUCAUCAUUGCCGUUGGCAAGCCAUUCAUGGCCAAGGUCGCCGACGUGUGCGGGCGUGGAGAGGCAUUCCUCGUCGUCGCCACCCUCUAUCUCGUCGGAUACCUCACUAUGGCUUCUGCAUACGGCAUAUCCACCAUUGCGGUCGGUAACAUCUUCUACGCCUUCGGAUACACAGGCCUUCAGAUGCUCCUCCAGAUCGUCAUUGCAGAUAUGACAUCCCUGCGAUGGCGCGGUCUCGUCGGAGGGCUAGUAAGCGCCCCCUUCCUCAUCAACAUCUUCGUGAGCGCCGAGAUCGCCAGCCGCGUACUUCCAGAUUGGCGCAGGGGAUACGUCCAGUUUGCGCUAGUCGUUCCCAUCAUGUUGGCACCGCUCAUCGUUGCCCUCCUAUCUCAGGACAAGUCCAAGCACAACCGCAACCACCGAUUUGGGCUAUCCAGCCUCCGCGACGCAGCGGCCGAUAUGGACUUUGUUGGCCUCAUUCUCGUGGCUGCUAGUCUAGCACUCAUCCUCGUGCCCCUGGGUAUCGUUCCCGCACCCGAUAAUAACUGGGACCACGGCACUCUGAUCGCAAUGGGCGUCCUUGGGGUUGUGCUAUUCGUCGUUUUCCUCAUCUACGAAUGGCGAGUUCCGGCGCACCCAGUCUUUCCAAUGCGCUGGUUAAACCGCACCCCGAUUCUCAGCGCUUGCCUUAUCGGUUUCUUCGACUUCACCUCGUUCUAUCUCCAAUACACGUACCUCUACUCAUUCAUUCUGGUUACCAAGGACUGGGGACUCAAGAUGGUCGCCUACUUUGUCUACACGCACGCAUUCAGCAUCACCGUCUUUGGGAUUGUGGCCGGUGCGAUCAUGUACGCAACCAGGCGGUUCAAGUGGAUGCUCUUCGCGGGUCUACUUGUCCGUCUCCUCGGUGUUGGGAUCAUGCUUCGCGCCCGCAGCGCCGAGGGCACGACAUUCGAGCUCGUCGUCUGUCAGGUCCUCCAGGGCCUUGGUGGGGGAUUCGCGGGCAUUGCCACACAAGUCGGCGCCCAAGCUGCCGUAGGGAGCGCCGAUAUCGCUACCGUCACUGCUAUGACUCUCCUGUUGUCCGAGGUGGGCAAUAGCGUCGGGUCGGCAGCGGCAACCAGUAUCUGGAACACUUACAUGCCCUCCGACCUCGCGGAACAUGUGCCCACCACCAACCAAACACUGCUGGACGAGUUGUUUGGCAGUAUCACCGAUAUCGUCGAGUAUCCAAUUGACAAUCCCAUCCGCCUCGGCGCUAUCGAGGCGUACCGUUCCGUCAUGCACCGGCUAGUGACCUGGGCCAUCGCCGUCGCCGUCAUUCCACCCAUCGUCUGCCUCUUCCUGACCAAGGACGUGCGGCUAUCCAACACCCGUGCGGUCGCUGGCCUCGACGAGGAGCCGGUCACCCCAGUUCGCCGCAUCCGACGCCAGUCGAGCCGCAUGUCGAGAAUCGUAAGCAGGCGCAACCUGCACAUUAACGGAACCGCCACCCCCGACGAGCUCGAGCACCUCGUCCCUCGCACCCCCACACCCGAAUACGUCUAG